AUGUCUCCAUUAUGGAUCCGUCGACUUUGUAUCCGAGCGGUCGACUUCCUUUACGGGUGCCUCGUCUUAUUGCCGCUGGGUGUCAUUCUCUCAAAGCGAGCCCUCGCUGGCUUUGGGACCGGUGGAUGGGACGAGUCCCAUAUACAGAAUCUUGAUGGCAAGGUUGCUGUCGUGACUGGAGCAAACGCCGGAAUAGGAUAUCACACCGUCAGGCGGCUGGCAUCAAAGGGCGCCAAGGUAUAUUUGGCGGCCAGAUCAGAGAGCCGUGCGAAGGCGGCCAUUAAGCGUCUCCUAGGGGACAAUCCGUCAAUACCCCCGGAAAACUUGGUCUGGCUUCGUCUGGACUUGUCAAGCCAGGCCCAGGUGGUCGAAGCGGCACGCGAGCUUCGAGCAAAAGAGCAGCGAUUGGACAUACUCGUGAACAACGCUGGCAUCGACCCUUACAACUAUGUUCGAACCUCUGAUGGGUUCGAAAUGGCAAUGGCAGUCAACCACAUUGGCCACUGGACACUCACAUAUUGUUUGUUGCCCCUGCUCAAGGCCACGGCGGCGCAGAAGGGAUCCGAUGUGCGCGUUGUCACGGUGUCGUCGUCGGGAGAAGCCCGCGCCUCCCCCAGCAACCAUUUCACCUGCGCCAGGGAUCUGGACGACGCUUGCGCCAGUCCUGGAUGGGAGGAUUCGUGCCUAGGCCAGGCACGGAGAUACGGCACGACCAAGCUGGCCAACAUUCUAUUCGCAACGGAGCUGCAGCGCCGCAUGGAUGUCGAGCCUGGCAAUAUCAUCUCUCUUUCGCUCAACCCUGGCCCCGUCAAGACGGAGGGGGCGGCGGGCGCGGGAGCCCGCACCACUCUGUUUGCCGCAGCGGCCGACGAGGUGAGGGAAAACAGCGAGCGUUGGAAAGGCCGCUUUCUAGAUGGCCCUGGCAGGGUAAAGUCGCCUUCGCGGCGAGCGCAGGAUGUGGUUGCUGCCCGGAAUCUGUGGAGCAUCACGGCCGCUGCCGUGAGGGCUACUGGCGCCCUGGAGAAGCUGGAGAUGUAG